AUGAGUAUGAGUGAAGAACCAGAUUUGAUCAGCACUCUUCCCGAUUCACUUCUGAGUGACAUUGUUUCUCUCCUUCCUGGGACUGAAGGUGUGAGAACCUGUGUCCUUUCCCAUCGAUGGAAAAUGGUGUGGAAGAACAUUUCACACCUCACCUUCAAUCAGAGGCUAAUGUUGAAGCAUCUGAUCGAUGCAUAUCUUGAAAAGACACACCUUAGCACGCGUCUUGUUGCGGCUUUUACUCGCAAGAUUGUUCCCUAUGGAGACAGAGAAAACAAGGAUCCAAUUGCUCAAGCAGAAAUGUUGAUCAACUCAGUGUUAGAUUCGCACUUGGGUUCCUUGAAAAGAUGCACCCUUGUCCACAUGCCCGAGAGUUGUGCGAGUGGUGAAGCUGUUGCAUGGAUGAAGAAACUUGCGGAGCAGAAAAGGGUGAAGGAGCUUUCCAUGGAGAGGGAUGGCCCUAUUGAUUUGAACUCCGUGCCACAGUUGCGGACUGUUUUGAGAGAUCUUGGAAGGACACUGGAUAUACCUUUUGAGAUUUUCUCAAGCUUUGAGGCACUUGAGUUGAAGAACUAUUAUGUCAAGACUUCACCCUCAGGUGCUGUUCCUGGCCAGACUUUGAAAACUUUGACCCUUACGAAUGUGAAUGUUGAGGAAAAUGCUUGGGAUGGGAUUUUAUCUUAUUGUUCUAGUCUUGAAAAUAUAACCCUUGGCGAAUGUAGUUUUGGUGUGGUAAAGAUUAGUAGUCCACGGCUCAAACUUUUCAAGAUUGGCAAAAUGGUCGUGAAUGAGAUUAAUGUUCGUGCUAGAAACCUUGUGGUCCUUGAGAUUGAUACUGUUGUUUGUAACCCUCAAAAGGUGAUUUUUGAGACACCAAAUCUUCAAAUUCUAAGUUGUUUCUGUGAUAUGACUAUUGGAAGGCGAUAUGUUUUGCCGGGUCAAAGCAAGCUUUUGACAUCAAAUGAGAUUCUAAAAGCAUUCACUGGCAUUCAGAGUUCUCAAGGUCCAACCGCAAGCUUUGCUGGUGCAUUUGAGAGUCUGGUUAUUCUACGUAUUGAUUUAGAACUGAAAUUAAUUAUCAAUGCCAUUGCUCUCUUUUCUGCUCUUCAAUCAUGUCCUAAGUUACAGCACCUUGAAAUUAAUACCCAGUCCUAUGAUGCAAAGAAUCACUUUGGUGGGGAUUAUGAUGAUGAACCUGGCAAUGAUGAUGAUAUUCUGUCUUACCCCAAACGCUUAUAUUGGAAGCGAAGGGAACUGUGUGAGUGUGUGGAAAACCAACUAAAAACCCUUUGCAUAAGGGGAUUUUCUGGCAAGGGGUUGGAAGUGGAAUUUCUGAAAUAUAUAAUAACAACUUCAGAAACCAUACAGAAAAUCACUGUUUGGUUUAUUGACAAUUGUUCAUGGGCAGAAGCCACUGAAACUCUGUGUUUGCUAUCAUUUCAGAAAGCCUCUAAGAACCUGUCCAUUGCUAUCAACCCUGGGCCAUCGUACAUGGCAAACGUAAAUGGGAGCUUUGAACAAUGGGUCUUGUCUCUAAGGAAGUAG